GUGCCCCGCGGCGCGGGCGGAGGCGGGGCAGGCGGUCGGUUGCUAAGCCUUGGGAGGCGCUGCGCUCGCGUGCGGUUCUUCAGUCGGAGCCGUGCCGAGGAUGGAGGCAGCCCCGGGCCUUGGGGAGCAGCGUGUGGACGGCAACACUGGGAGCCCGGAGCCCGAGCCCGAGCCAUGGCAAGCCGUCCCGGUCCUGUCCGAGCAGCAGUCCAGGGACGUGGAGCUGGUACUGGCCUACGCUGCGCCCAUCCUGGACAAGCGGCAAACGUCGCGGCUUCUCAAGGAGGUGUCAGCCGUGCACCCACUGCCCGCGCAGCCUCACCUGAAGAGGGUGCGGCCCAGCCGCCGCGCCGGCCCGCAUGCGCUCGAGAUGCUGCUGUGCCUGGCGGGGCCAGCCGCCGGGGCCAGGUCGCUCGCCGAGCUCCUCCCGCAGCCGGCCGUGGACCCUCGUGGCCUGGGACAGCCCUUCCUGGUGCCUGUGCCAGCCCGGCCACCCCUGACCAGAGGCCAGUUCGAGGAGGCGCGUGCCUACUGGCCCACGUCCUUCCACGAGGAUAGGCAGGUGACACGCGCCUUGGCCGGGCGGCUGUUCUCGGCGCAGGAGCGCACGGCGAUGCAGGCCCACAUGGAGCGGGCCGUGUGGGCAGCGCACCAGGCAGCCGCCAGGGGCCUCAGGGCGGUGGGAGCCGUGGUGGUGGACCCGUCCUCUGGCCGCGUGCUGGCCACGGGCCAUGACUGCAGCAGCAGAGCCCGCCCCCUGCUGCACGCCACCAUGGUGUGUAUUGACCUGGUGGCUCAGGGCCAGGGCCGUGGCGCCUAUGACCUCGGCCCCUUCCCCGCCUGCUCCUUCGCCCCGGCCGGUGCCCCCCAGGCUGUCCGUGUGGGCUCUGUGCGCAAGCUGGACGAGGACAGGGACGCGUGCACGGACAGCCUCCCCUAUGUGUGCACGGGCUAUGACCUGUACGUCACCCGCGAGCCCUGUGCCAUGUGCGCCAUGGCCCUGGUGCACUCGCGUGUGCAGCGCGUCUUCUACGGCGCCCCCUCGCCCGACGGCGCCCUGGGCACCCGUUUCCGCAUCCACGCCCGGCCCGACCUCAACCACCGCUUCCAGGUGUUCCGUGGGGUCCUGGAGGCCCAGUGCCGCCGGCUGGACCCUGACUCCUAG